AUGAAAAUAUCACUUUUUACCAUAUUCCUUCUUUCAGCUAGUGCAGCUUGCCAAUUUGUUGGUAGAGGUACAGGCUCCAAUCCUUCACUUUUAGUAUGGAAGUAUAGUAAACGUAAUCCCGAC